AGUCAAGAGAGGAUUAAGAAAAACAUCAUGGCUAGUUUUGAUAUUCCAACGAUUGAUGUUUCUCCAUUUUUUAGAUCAGAGGAAAAUAAAGAAGGGAAAAAAAAGGGUAUUGAGCAAAUUAGAGAAGCUUGUAUUAACUAUGGUUUCUUCCAAAUUGUGAAUCAUGGAAUUCCUUUGGAGUUGUUGAGCAAAACCAUGGAUAUGUACAAGACUUUCUUUGCUUGUUCAGAUGAAGAAAAACUCACUGUACCUUCUGAUAAUUAUUUAAAAAGCACAAGGAAUUCAGCUGAGACUUAUGAGCACUUAGUGUUUCGUUUUCCAUUCAAUGUCUUUAAUGUCUGCCCCAACAAACUACCUCAUUUCAAGCAAGUAUUGGAGGAGAUGGUUUCCCAUUUCAAAAAUUUAGGAUUUGUAUUGGGAGGAAUCAUAAGUGAGUGUCUUGGCCUCCCUCAUGACUUCCUAACAAACUACAGAAAUGAUCGUUCUCGGGAUUCGUUGAUGGGCCUCCACUACUUUCCAGCGACAGAAAAUGACAACAUUGGAAAACCUGCACAUGAAGAUCCUGGUUGCUUGAACUUUCUCUACCAGGAUGAAGUUAGAGGCCUUCAGGUGCAAAAAGAUGGGCAGUGGAUUACCGUUGCUCCUUCCAAAGACAAACUAGUUGUUAACAUUGGUGAUGUAAUUCAGGUGCUAAGUAACAAUAAAUUCAAGAGUGCAACACACAGAGUGGUGAGACCACGUGAAAUAAGCCGUUACUCGUACGCGUUCUCGUAUAAUGUGCAAGGAGACAAGUGGGUUGAGCCAUUACCAGAGUUUACAAAGAAAAUUGGAGAGUCGCCAAAGUAUAGAGGAUUCCUAUUUGAAGAAUAUCAUCAGCUGAGAUUCAAAAACAGAAGUCAUCCACCAGCUAGACCAGAAGAUCUCAUUCAUAUAACCCACUACUCAAUUUCUAAUUAAACAACAAGUCUAUGUCAUGAAAUGUUUUUAUCUCUAUAUGGAAAGAAAAAUAUCAAUAAUAUUUAUUACAUCACUACUAAUAUGUAUGUUGAAUAUAUAUGUAUCAAUGUACUAUAAAUAAUAGUCAGUGAUAUAACGAAAUAAAUAAAGA